AUGUGGUGUCUCGUGCUCAAAGUUGUAAAAUUCUUCUUCCCCUCUGCCUCCGAGGCGGGCAACAAUGCCGUGGGAAUGUUUAUCUUGCAGGGCCUUCGGGUUUGCACAGUCAUCACUCUUGCGACAAUGUGUGCAUCAUUCUGGGUUUACAUCAUCAGGGUAGACAAGUCUCGCGCCUACUUCGUCUUUGAGUGUGCUUCGCUCUUCUUCAACUCCAUCAUUUGCGUCCUCCUUAUUCUCUCCGAGUUCCCUCUCUGCAAGCCCAUCCGGGACUACUUCAGGACCUCCUGGCCAGUAUUGUCCGAGCUUCACGGUGUAUCUUGGCUGGGUGGUGCUAUGCUCCUGCUGGGCUGCGACAUUUUUGGUAACCUCAACAAGCCAGCAAACGAGAAGGACAAGCUUGGCUCUCACUUCUUUGGGCUGGUCCUCGCAGCUGGGAUCCUUGCCGUCACUUUCGGCGUACUCAACGUUAUUUGCGGAUUUGUGUGGCGGAAUGGCAAGGAAGGCAUCACGUCCCGCGAUAUUCGGUCCAAGGGCCCCUUGGCCCAGGGACGUCGACAGUCUCUGCCGGAUUAUUCCUCCAGUGCAGGAUCUAGCUUCAGAAACGAAAAAUUGCAGCACAAGGUAGCUAAUAAGCUCUGGGAGAAAGCCACGGGCGCCGGCAAGAAAGAAAAGUCCGGCCGGCCCAACAUCAGCGGGCCAGUGGACGUUGAGCGCGGUGUUUAUAACAACCAUGGUGCCAACUAUGAUUACAGCCACGAGAGCAAUAUUGAUCGAAGAAGCCCUAUCGUUCCUGACCUGCGGCGUCCGGACUCAGCCCUGCAUCCGGCGAACCAGAACAUAUCUGGGCGCAGCAGUAAAUAUUCUCAGGACACUAAUAGGUUCUAA